GUUCAAUAGUGGCAUUGCCAAGAUGAUGGAGGAGGAGACGUGGUCGCGGAUCAUGUUUCGCUCGGAGACGGCUGCCUCUGUGGGUGUGACGGGACGCGAGGAUCCGUUCAGGCGGCAGCAGAGGUAAGGACUGCUACUAAGACUACUAAGGAGAGGACUCAGAGAAGUAUAUCUCAUCCAUCUGAUCGCAUAUGAGGCGACAUCAGAUUAGAUCUACUGCUACACGACCUCGAGGCACACUUGGACAGGUUAGAGGUACGUGUAUUCUUAUUCGCCUGGAUGGACGCAGAAACCUUUCGCAAGGCCGGCUAUGCAGCCAUCGAUCGAAUCAUCGAAUACCACCAGACCCUCGGGCAAGUACCGCCCGCAGAUGUACAGAUGCAAGCGCCCUCAUCAGCAAACGAUGCAUCUCUCAAGCAUCUCACCUCCAAAGUCGUCUCACAAGUGGAACCUGGCUACCUCGGCCAACUCAUACCGAGCGUUGUCUCUGAAUUACCGGUACCGUUCGCCCAGCUACAGCAACAGCUCGAGCAAGCCAUCAUGCCAGGCAUCACACACUGGCAAUCACCUAAUUUUAUGGCCUAUUUCCCUGCUCAAUCAUCCUUCCCGGCCAUUUUGGGAGAUAUGUACUCGGAUAUGCUCACAUGUGCGGCGUUCAAUUGGCAGGCAUCUCCUGCUGUGACGGAGCUCGAAACCAUUGCCUUGGAUGCCCUUGGAAAAGCUAUGGGUUUGGAUGAAGGAUAUCUAUCUGCCGGCAAAGGUGGUGGUGUUCUCUUUGGCACAGCAUCCGAAGCGGUUCUCACAAUGAUGAUUGCUGCACGAGAUCGAUAUCUGCGUCGUCGGCCUGAGAUUAAGGUGGAUCAGCUCGUUGUCUUGAUCACAGAUCAGACACACUCCGGUGUAGAGAAGGCUGCCAUGUUGCUCGGCCUGACAUGCAGAAAACUCAAAACUCACAAAAAGGAUGCUUUCGGACUUAUUGGCAGUACACUUGAGCAAGAACUUGCCCAGCUCCAGAAGCAAGGCCUGUACGCAUGUUUCUUGUGCCUGACGCUUGGUACAACGGCAACAUGCGCUGCUGAUGACUUUGCUAGCUUGACACCCAUUAUUGAACAACAUCACGAUCUCUGGACUCACUUGGAUUGUGCCUAUGCCGGUGCUGUACUCAUUUGUCCGGAAUACCAACACUACCUCAAAUACACCACCCAGUACGAUUCAAUCGAGUACAACAACCAUAAAUGGGGGUUAGUCAAUUUCGAUUGUUCAUCGUUGUGGACGCGUGACAGAGCCGCUUUGAUUGCAGCUAUGGACAUCACGCCUGCUUACCUACGCAACCCACACAGCGAGUCAGGGCGUGUGUUGGAGUAUAGAAACUGGGGUAUCCCACUCGGUCGACGAUUCAGAUCAUUAAAGUUGUGGUUUGUUCUACAGACGUAUGGCUUGGAAGGCAUGCGCCAGAUGAUUCGCAAUCACAUCGCCUAUGCAGAGACAUUUGCAAAUCUUGUGCGUAAAGAUGAGCACAUGCAGUUGUUUGUUGAGCCGAAAUUUGCAUUGACCGUCCUGUCCUUUAGAGAUGGUGAAGAGAUGACCAGAGCCGUGUAUGAGCGCAUCAACAAGGACGGCACGCUCUUCCUGACGAGUAGUGUCGUGGAUGGCACCUAUGUCAUCAGAGUGGUUGGUUGUACGACACAAGUCACUGAAGCACAUUUGAUCGGUGCAUACCGGGUCUUGGCAGAGACUUAUCGCCAAGUCAAAGCCGAACACUGAAAUUUAAUGCCAUACUUCAUAGAUCCAACGCGCCAUGUCUACUCUCUUUGCCAUGAUACCCGUGACCCAGGGAUGUUCAAGCAUCUCUCUUGGACUCGGUCGAUUUUGUCGAUUGCGUUCAAGGCAGACCUUGAGGAAAUGUCUGAAUGGACGAGACCAUUUCACGCCAACGUCUGGUUCGUCCAGCAAUGUCGGCGGUUCAGCAGAAACAAUGACGCUGAGAAGCUCAAUAGGCAUGAGCUGUGCCCCAUCAUCCUGCAUAAAAGGAAACUUGUUGGUCGCCACCUCCAUUAAUGUCAAGCCAAGCGACCAAAUGUCAGAGGUCACUGUAUAUGGCUGGCCUUGGAUACGCUCAGGUGCCAUGUAGUAAGAC